AUGGACGGGGAAAUUGCUCAGCAUGGCGGAGAAUCCGACCGAGAGAUGACGCGCCUGUGGCGCACUUGGAGGACUGUCUACGAGAUGCUUGCAGACCGAGGUUACGAGGUGUCUGACGAAGAGCUUCAACUCUCACUAAACGACUUCCGUAACAAAUAUGCUGACCCUAUGGGCUACCCUGAUCGCACCAAGAUGAAAAUCCAAGCCCGCCCCACUGAGAACAUGAAGAUGAAAUACACUCCUCUGCCGAGCAAAUCGAACCCGAACCCCCAGCCCGACUGCGGCACGAUCUACGUCGACUUCUGCCCCGACUCCUCCGGCGUUGGCACUAAGCAGGUGCGCGCCUUCAACCACAUCGUCGACGAGAGCAACUUCCACACCGGUGUCUUCAUCACUCAGACCCCGAUCUCGCCCUCUGCCGUGCGCCUGCUGAGCGGUGUGCCCGGUCGCAUCUGCGAACACUUCCAGGAGCAGGAUCUGCUGGUCAACAUCACCCGCCAUGAGCUCGUGCCCAAGCACGUUCUCCUCAGUCCUGAAGAGAAGGGCAAGCUUUUGGAGCGGUACCGCCUGAAGGAGUCCCAGCUGCCCCGCAUGCAGGUCUCCGACCCUGUCGCUCGGUACCUGGGUCUGCGCCGUGGCCAGGUCGUCAAAAUCAUCCGAAAGUCCGAGACAGCUGGUCGUUAUGCCAGUUACCGUUGGGUCAUUUAA